GUUUUCAUGUGUGACCUGUGGAAGAAGUUUUCUUCAAAAACAGCAUUUAUCUCGGCACAUGAUGAUUCAUACUGGUGAGAAGCCGUUUUCAUGCGUGACCUGUGGAAGAAGUUUUACUCAAAAACAUGAUUUAACUCAUCAUGUCAUGAUUCAUACUGGUGAAAAGCCGUUUUUAUGUGUGACCUGUGGGAAAAGUUUUCUUCAAAAACAGCAUUUAUCUCGGCACAUGAUGAUUCAUACUGGUGAAAAGCCGUUUUCAUGCAUGACCUGUGGAAAAAGUUUUACUCUAAAACAUGCUUUAACUAUGCACAUGAAGAUUCACACUGGUGAAAAGCCGUUUUCAUGUGUGACCUGUGGGAAAAGUUUUAUUCGAAAACACAAUUUAAGUAAGCACAUGAUGAUUCACACAGGUGAAAAGCCGUUUUCAUGUGUGAAUUGUGGAAAAUGUUUUAGUCAGAAACACGAUUUAACUCGGCACAUGAGGUUUCACACUGGUGAAAAGCCAUUUUCAUGUGUGACCUGUGGAAAAAGUUUUAGUGGAAAACAGAAUUUAUCUAUUCAUAUGAGGACUCACACAGGUGAAAAGCUGUUUUCAUGUGUGACCUGUGGAAAAAGUUUUCUUCAAAAACAGCAUUUAUCUCAGCACAUGAUGAUUCAUACUGGUGAAAAGCCGUUUUCAUGUGUGACCUGUGGGAAAAGUUUUUGUCAAAAACACAAUUUAUCUAUUCACAUGAGGACUCACACUGGUGAAAGGCCGUUUUCAUGUGUGACCUGUGGAAAAAGUUUUAGUGAAAAACAGAAUUUAUCUAUUCACAUGAGAACUCAUACGGGUCAAAAGCCGUUUUCAUGUGUGACCUGUGGAAAAUAUUUUAGUCAAAAACAGGAUUUAACUCGGCACAUGAUGAUUCACACUGGUGAAAAGCCGUUUUCAUGUGUGAACUGUGGAAAAAGUUUUCGUCGUAAACCGCAUUUAUCUCAGCACAUGAUGAUUCACACUGGUGAAAAGCCGUUUUCAUGUGUGACCUGUGGAAAGAGUUUUAGUCAAAAACAUGUUUUAACUCAGCACAUGAUGAUUCACACAGGUGAAAAGCCGUUUUCAUGUGUGAAUUGUGGAAAAAGUUUUGGUUAUAAACCGACUUUAACUAAGCAUAUGAUGAUUCACACUGGUGAAAAGCCGUUUUCAUGUGUGACCUGUGGAAAAAGUUUUAUUCGAAAACGGGAUUUAACUCUGCACAUGAGGAUUCACACAGGUGAAAAGCCGUUUUCAUGUGUGAACUGUGGAAAAAGUUUUAUUCGAAAACGGGUUUUAACUCUGCACAUGAGGAUUCACACUGGUGAAAAGCCGUUUUCAUGUGGAAAUUGUGGAAAAAGUUUUUGUCAAAAACAACAUUUAAUUCGGCACAUGAGGAUUCACACUGGUGAAAAGCCGUUUUCAUGUGUGACCUGUGGAAAGAGUUUUAGUGAAGAACAAGUUUUAACUCGGCACAUGAUGAUUCACACAGGUGAAAAGCCGUUUUCAUGUGUGAAUUGUGGAAAGAGUUUUAGUCAAAAACAAGUUUUAACUCAGCACAUGAUGAUUCACACUGGUGAAAAGCCGUUUUCAUGUGUGAACUGUGGAAAAAGUUUUGUUUAUAAACCGACCUUAACUAAGCAUAUGAUGAUUCACACUGGUGAAAAGCCGUUUUCAUGUGUGACCUGUGGAAAAAGUUUUAGGCAUAAAUCAGCUUUAACUCAGCACAUGAUGAUUCACACAGGUGAAAAGCCGUUUUCAUGUGUGAACUGUGGAAAAAGUUUUGUUUAUAAACCGACCUUAACUAAGCAUAUGAUGAUUCACACUGGUGAAAAGCCGUUUUCAUGUGUGAACUGUGGAAAAAGUUUUGUUUAUAAACCGACCUUAACUAAGCAUAUGAUGAUUCACACUGGUGAAAAGCCGUUUUCAUGUGUGACCUGUGGAAAAAGUUUUAGGCAUAAAUCAGCUUUAACUCAGCACAUGAUGAUUCACUCAGGUGAAAAGCCGUUUUCAUGUGUGACUUGUUUAAAAAGUUUUAGUCAUAAACAUAGUUUAACUCGGCACAUGACGCGUCACACAGUUGAAAAGCUGUAGAAGUUUGUUCCAUAAAUGUCCUAUGUUGUAUUUGUUAAAUGUGAUCAUUUUGAUCUUCACAUUUGGAUACUUAGAGAUGUUCAACCAUGACACAUUA